UCGCUUCCCCUCACCCGGCGGGACGCGCCGCGCGGAGUGAUGACGCACAAAGCGCGCGACGGGCGGAGCGGCGGAGCCGGAGCACCGUGAGUGAUGCCCAAGAAGUUCCAAGGGGAGAACACCAAGUCGGCUGCUGCCCGUGCAAGGAAGGCUGAGGCAAAGGCAGCAGCCGAUGCCAAGAGGCAGCAGGAGCUGGAAGAUGCCUACUGGAAGGAUGACGACAAACACGUGAUGAGGAAGGAGCAGAGGAAGGAGGAGAGGGAGAAGCGGCGGCUGGAGCAGCUGGAGCGCAAGAAGGAGCUGCAGCGCCUGCUGGAAGAGGAGGACUCCAAGCUGAAGGGGAAAUCACCUAAACAGGCAACACCAGGCAAAGUCACCAGGGCCCAGAUUGAGGAAACCAUCAGGAAAGACCAGCAGCAGAAGGAGAAUGCAGACACAGUGGAGAAGGAGAAGACUCACUUGGAGGUCCCCUUGGAGGAGAACAUCAACAGACGGGUCCUGGAGGAAGGGACAGUGGAGGCCAGGACGAUCGAGGAUGCCAUUGCCGUGCUCAGCGUUGCCAAUGAUGUGGACCGACAUCCCGAGCGCCGGAUGAAAGCCGCCUUCACGGCUUUUGAAGAGGUCAAUCUGCCACGCCUGAAGCAAGAGAACCCCAACAUGCGCCUGUCCCAGCUCAAGCAGCUCCUCAAGAAGGAGUGGAUGAAGUCUCCAGAAAACCCCAUGAACCAGAGGCACAAAGCUUACAACAGCCAGAAGUAGAAUCAGAGCUGACCAUCCCCCACGGACGGCGGGGCUGCAGCCGCAGGCUUUGCUCGGGUGAAGCAGGAGGCACGAGGAACCUCCUCUCCUUUGUUUCCCUUCCCCACUCCCUCCUUCUGUCUCUCCCUGUUGUCGGAUUUAAGACCAGCACGAGGCCACAGCCCACUCCAGCACCCCACUGUCCCCGUGUGCUCACUCCCCUGUGCAGCUGGUGCAGAUCCAUAGGGACGCUAACACUGCUGUGUGCUUCUGAGUUCGGUUGGUGUCUCACAGAGAGCUACUAAUGUGCUUCCCAGCCCUCGCUGUGGGGUGCCCACCUGCUGCCCCCUGUAAGGUGGGGGUCCCACGCUGCCCACACUUGGACCUGACCCACAUUCAUCCCCAUCUCAGCCACGCUUGUGCCACGCUCUGCUCUGCCAGGUGAAUUCUUGCAGAUAUCCUGAGAACACCGUGAGGAAGGCGCUGGUCCUCCUGUUGGUAUUGGUACUGGGGUGUCCCCGAAGAGAUCUCAUGCUGUGAUCACUGCUGGUGCUGCCUGUGGCCCCGUUCCUUUCCUCCCACCCAGCACUGCAGAUGAACCCGAUGGGGACGUGGGCUCCAUCAGCGCUGUGUUGUGGGGAAGAGUGAGCUGAAUUCUGCCUAAAAGGGGCUCAGGAAAGAGAGCAGCGUGCCGUGGUCCUGCCCUGCCUGCGUGGGACACGAAUGCCAGACUGUGACUUUCCUGGUGGGCUCUCCUGGGGGAUCUCAGAGCCUCAUGCAGGGCCAGGAGUGCUGCAGGGGAUGCUGCACCCUGAGAGCCGCCCCACGAAGGGGAGCUGCUGCUUUUCCAACUGCUAACGCCCCAGCCUCACAACAAGGAUGUGCCCAGCAGCCCACAGAAGGGGCCAUGAAACCCCAGAGCCCCUCACAGCCUCGCUGCCCCCCCAGGCUGUGUGCAGCACCCAGUGCAAGGCAGAGGAGAAGGCGCUGAGCUCCUUUGAUGGCUGUGGCAGCACCGAGGCACGAAUCCUGCACCUUGCUGGGAGCAAGCAGCCGGUGUUCCUCUUCCCCCCCCCUCUCCCCCACCCUUCCCUUUCACAUCUCCCAUCUCCUUUGUAAUUUUUAAGCCCCCCACACGGCAGCAGCUCCAUCCUCUGGGUGCUGACCCGGCCUCUGAGCUCCGUUUCCUCCGUACUGAGCAGGCGGUGCCCCCCAACCCCCCCC